AUGCCCCAGAAUGGUCCAAGUACGGAAGGUUUGGUCCCCAGCCCAGUGCUAUUGGAAGGUGGUGGAAUCUUUGAGAGACCUAUCAAUAACAUCAAAUCAGAAAACAUGUCAGACACUGUCAAAUUUGUUCUCCUGGGAUUGUCAGAUGAUCCAGACCUGCAGCCCAUCCUCUUAGGACUGUUCCUGUCCAUGUACCUGGUCACAGUGCUCGGGAACCUGCUCAUCAUCCUGGCCAUCAGCUCUGACUCCCACCUCCACACCCCCAUGUACUUCUUCCUCUCCAACCUGUCCUUGGCUGACAUCUGUUUCAUCUCCACCACGGUCCCGAGGAUGAUUGUGGGCCUCUCAACUCACAGCAGGGUCAUCUCCUAUGUGGGCUGCCUGACACAGAUGUGUGUUUUCAUCAGUUUUGUUUGUAUGGAUGACUUGCUACUGACCGUGAUGGCCUAUGACCGCUAUGUGGCCAUCUGCUACCCUUUGAGGUACAGUGUCAUCAUGAACCCCAAUCUUUGCUGGCUGCUGGUUCUGCUUUCCUUCCUCAUCAGUGUCCUAGAUGCCUUGCUCCACACCUCCAUGGCACUGCGGCUGUCAUUCUGCGCAAGCCUGGAGAUUCCCCACUUUUUCUGUGAACUGGAUCAUCUUCUCAAGCUUGCCUGUUCUGAUGUCCUCAUCAAUGACAUCCUGGUGUACUUGCUGACAGGUGUGUUGGGUGCUGUUCCUCUCUCAGGGAUAAUCUUCUCUUACACUCAGAUUGUCUCCUCCGUCCUGAAAAUUCCAUCAGCAGGUGGAAAGUACAAAGCCUUCUCCGUUUGUGGGUCUCAUCUAGUCGUCACUUCCCUGUUCUAUGGUACAGGUUUGGGGGUGUACGUCAGUUCUACAGCUGCUCAGUCCUCCAGGGAGAGUGCAGUCGCCUCAGUGCUGUACACGGUGGUGACCCCCAUGAUGAGCCCCUUCAUCUACAGCCUGAGGAACAAGGAUAUGCUGAGGGCCCUGGGGAAACUCAUCCCUAGAAUAACAUCUUUCCUUUCAUAUGUCGGAUGCUUUUAG